AUGUUUCUGGGCAAGGAACUGAUGCUGUCACUCACAUAUGGCGGGCUUAGCUACAGUAGAUGUUUGAUUCAGAAGCAUCAUCGAGGGCCGCCUGUCAAUCCCUGGGUGCUUGCUGCAGCGUUAUCGCCCUACUCGCCUUCACCUGCUGAUCCAUGGGCAGCCCUCUUCGUUAUGGCCGCAAGCGGUCCUGGUGACAAACUGGACAGUACCUCUGAGCAGAUUUGCUACCUGUCAACAAAUUGGUUUGCGCGCCGCAUUGGGCUUCUUCUCCUCUACAUGGGCAGCAGCGUCACCGCAGACAUGCUCAGCUUCAAGAACGAGUAA